AUGGCGACAAAAGCGAAGAACCAGGACGAUCCGAUACCAAUGGCAGAGGACGAACGGGAACAGCUGACGACGUCCUCAAAUCUUCAGUACAUACAACCGACCUCUCUGUCGCUGGUGGGCGAAAAGCAAUGGAAACGUACCACCCACCGACCAGAUAAUGGAGCCGUAUACGGCAUGGACAACAUGACCACGAUUCUGACACAAAAAGCGCUCACGAAGGGCGCCCGGAUGCAGCUGGCCAUGAGCGUGUUAGCGAAUCUGACGGUGCUCUCAUCCGGCAUGGGACUAGGAUAUUCGGCCAUCACGCUUCACGCGCUCACCAACGAGGAAAACCCGCUGCGCAUGAACACCAGCCAAGCGUCGUGGUUCGCCUCCAUCAGCUCGAUCGCGUGCCCCUUGGGUGGGCUCAUCUCGGGCUAUUUGCUAGACCGGAUUGGACGGAAGAAAACGCUCAUGCUUAUCAACGUGCUAUCCAUCGUGUCUUGGUCACUGAUCGCCGUUUGUAGUGUGACUAACUUCGACGUGAUGUACACCCAGAUCCUAAUCGCGCGCGUCAUCAUCGGCAUUGUGAUUGGGUUAGUCAGCGCACCGGCCUCCAUCUACUCGGCGGAAAUCGCCACACCGAAGUUGCGCGGGCGCCUUACAGUGCUCACGUCACUUAGCAUCGCUGUCGGGAUUUUACUUAUCUAUUCGCUUGGGUACUUCCUGCCCCACGAUUUCCGGUUAGUGGCGGCAUUGGCUGCCGGUAUCUGCGUGUUGUCGUUGGUAUUACUCUUCCUGAUGCCCGAGUCACCGGCUUGGUUGAUGUCUAAGGAUCGCGAGGAAGAAGCGGAACGAUCGCUCAAGUGCAUCCGCGGUUAUGGAGCUUACCGGCAACGUAUUCCGGAGGUUGAGAAUGAACUGAUGCGUCUGCGUGAUGGCGUACUUGCCCAACGACGCGCAGGACGUGUGAGCUUCCUGCGUCAACUUCGACAACCUCACGUGUACAAACCACUAGGCAUCAUUGUCGGGUUCUUCGGAUUCCAGCAGUUCUCCGGCAUCUUCGUGAUCGUGGUAUAUGCAGCCAAAGUAUCCUCGGAGGCGGGUGUUUCGAUGGAUCCUUUCCUUUGCACGGUGCUCAUCGGUGUGACACGUGUCCUUGCGACCAUGCUGGUGGCUUACAUCCUUGACACACUCGGUCGUAAACCCCCGUCAGUGUUCUCGGGUGUAGGCAUGCUGACGUGCAUGUUCGGGUUGGCACUGUGUAGCUACUUCCCACCGAUAGAACAACUUGCCUGGAUCCCGACCUUCCUGAUCCUGACGUACAUCUUCACCAGUACACUCGGGUUCCUCACCAUGCCAUUCUCGAUGCUUGCCGAACUAUUCCCGCAAACGGUGCGUGGCCCAGCGUCAGGUGUAACCGUGUUCUUCACCUACCUAAUGUCGUUCUGCACGAUCAAACUAUACCCAACGAUGGUGGAGCUACUGGGCAGUGCCAACGUGUUCAUCAUCUACGGCGUGGUUUCGCUACUGGGCGUACUUUAUGUCGUUUGUGUCGUACCCGAAACGAAGGGCAAGUCACUGCAGGAGAUCGAGGACUACUUCCGCGGGGUGUCCCAUGGCUCAACACCCUCCCAAGAGGUGGAAGAGGAUGAAGUUAGCAGCCUAUCAUCGGAGAGCGUGUGA